AUGGUUUCGACUAUCCCUGCCAGGGCGAAUUCAGGUCAUAAGUGGGGUGAGGAGGGUCAAAAUGACUCCCACGCAAAUUGGAGAGCGGCUAUGGAUCAGCAGCAAGAGGUCUCUGAAGCAACUCCACUACUGUCGUCAAAAAAACCUGGGUAUUCUAGUGUUGACUCUGAUUGGUGGACAGAACUUCGGACGAUAGGAAGAUAUACUCUCCCGGUCUUUGG